GAGAGCCAUCGAAGAUUUUAGAAGAAGUGAGUGACCCUGCUUUCAAAACUUCAAGACAAUCCUAGAAACCGCCACAUCAUUCUUUCCUCUCCCUAUAAAUAACUUCCUUUCAUCUCUAUCCCCCGCAUCACACAAGAUAAUCAGAAGAUAUAAACAAAAACAGCUAUCAAAAAAAGGAAAAUUAAAUAUGUCGAUCAUUCCAAGCUUCUUAAGCGGCAGGAGGAGCAACGUGUUCGACCCAUUCUCUCUUGACAUAUGGGACCCUUUCCAGGGCAUGUCAAGCGCCCUCAGCAACCUCCCUGAAUCCUCAAGGGAAACCGCAGCCAUCGCAAACGCGAGAAUCGACUGGAAAGAGACCCCCGAAGCUCAUAUUUUUCAGGCGGAUGUACCCGGGCUGAAGAAGGAAGAAGUUAAGGUGGAGGUUGAAGAUGGAAGUGUGUUGCAGAUUAGCGGUGAGAGGAGCAAGGAAAGUGAAGAGAAGAAUGACAAGUGGCAUCGGGUUGAAAGGAGCUCCGGCAAGUUUUUCAGGAGGUUCAGGUUGCCUGAAAAUGCGAAAUUGGACCAAGUGCAGGCUACCAUGGAGAACGGUGUGCUGACGGUCACCGUGCCCAAGGCGGAAGAGAAGAAGCCGGAAGUGAAGUCUAUUGAUAUAUCCGGUUAAAGGUUCAUGGAUCGGCGGGCGUUUUGAAUAUGGUUUUAUAUAAUGUAAUGAGAUCCUGAAGUUUAAUGUUUAUGUGGAUGGGUUGUGUAUGGUUUGUAUGUAUGUUUUUGUGGUUAGUUGCCCUUAAAUAAAUAAAUAGAAAACUUUGUUGUA